AUGGAAGCCUUUGCAAGAUCUUCCACAACGUUGUUUGCAAAGGCUAAUACUAACAAGCGUCCAUCGCCUGUAAAAGCUCUUCUGAGUCAAUCUGGCAUUUGCUUUGUAAGGGUUGGGAAUUCAAAUGCAAAUGUUCUUCAUCAUACUUCUUUGCUUAGGCACAAAGCUAUUCGAUCGGUUGCCUCAUCUGAAACAAGGGUGUUAAGGAACCCAGACUCAGCCGGAAUUGGGAUCGAACCAGCAGCGCCAUCAAAAACCGUUAAUGUCCAAUUCCAAUUACACAAGAAGUGCCGCUUCGGUGAUAAUUUUCUCUUAGUAGGGAAUGAACCUAUCAUUGGACAGUGGAACCCUUCAAGUGCUAUACCCCUUAACUGGUCAGAUGGAAACAUUUGGACAGUUGACCUGGACAUACCAAUUGACAGAGCAAUCCAGUUCAAGUUUAUACUAAAGAAAAGCACAGGAGAUCUGUUGUGGCAACCUGGUCCAGACCGAAUUCUUCACACCUGGGAUACCAACAGCAGUAUAACCAUAGCCGAAGACUGGAAAAAUGCGAAACUUCAGAAAUUAACUGAAAAGAAAAUUGUCAGUCGAAACGAGACGCUACUUACAAACCAGGCUUAUAGCAUACCAACUUAUAGCAACAAGAAUGAGUUUGCUUUCAAAGAGAGGGCGUUUGGUUCUGAAAAGGGAACUCUGCUUCAGGAAAGCCAAGCAGUUUGCAUUGCAGACGACGGUGUUUGCAUCAUGACAAGACCAGCAUCCUUAGGAAGCAUGGAUGAAGAUGAAUACUGUGAAGUUGAAUAUUAUGACGAUGAAUAUUACGAUGAUGACUGUGAAUAUGAAGAUAGAUAUGAAGACGAAGACAUCAUGUUUACUUAUGAAGGAGGCCGUGUUCUCGUGCCUGGUUUAGUACAAGGGGUAACUGGAAAAACCAUUGAUAUCAGUGCUGAUGGCUCGAUUGUGAUUGAUGCGAGAGGGGAACACAAUUCUUAA